CUGGUUGCCACAUAGACAGGGACCCUACUCCAGAUUUGGGGAGGUGUCUUAUGUUUAACCCGUGCAAGGGAGACAGACUCACUGAGUAUACUGGGGUACCUCCCACAUACACUGCUAGGAGUCUGCUGCAGACUGUCUUUUCCCCAGAGUUGCAACUUUUUUGCUAAACUGUGCAACUAACUUUUAGAAAGAAUUGAAAUAUAUAUGACUGAUUACUCUAUUCUCCUGUUACGGUGUGUCUAGGCAUGAACAGCAUCUCUUUUAAAUAUAAAUCCAUAUAUUGAGAUCUAAACAUAUUUACCCCUGCAAUAAGGGGAAUAAUGGCUAAUGAAGUAAAGCACAGGAAGAAAGGCUCAUCAUCCAAGAAUGGCAAUGAUGCCCAGCGCAAUGCCCCUUCAACAGGGCAGCAGAUCCAGGAUGAAGAGCCCAAGAAGCCCAUGGUGGGUUCUACAGUCAGCAGUCAGACACCUGCCAGUCUAGAAGUGAGGACGGUGCUGUGCCUGCUGUGUGUGGCAAUCUGUGGAGGUCUAUCAUGGCUUGUCUUUGAGCAGUUCCGCAGUUUUUCCAUGCUUGAAUUAAAGUACCAGUCUCUUCAGACAAGAUCAGGAGCAUUGGAGGAGGUGGAAGAUAAAAUAAAGCUUAUUUUUGGAAAGCUUGCGUCUACUGAGAACAUCCUGGCUGAAGCCACAACAUCGUCUUCUGUAGUGAACCGUUUACACCAACAAUUGUCCAGUCUCCAUGAUGACAUAGGCAACAUGCAAAACAAAGAACAAUUGCUCUCUUCAAAGAUGCAGCAUACUAAUAUUAGGUUCCAGAACAUCACUGACAAGUGGAAAAAAAGCCUGGAUGACAUGGACCUCCAUACCAGUUCAGUUAAAUCGGAGGUCAGAGCGUUCCAUAACCAGUUUACUGAAAAAAUAAAUGCUGCUGACCACAGACUUAAACUUGUAUCCAAUAGGCUUAAAGAAAUGGAUGAUAGUACAAUGAGGAACAUGAGAACAGUAAAAAGGCAUGACGAAGAAGAGAUUUCACGCAUCAAAGAGUUGCUUGAAUUGGAUACAAGAGCUGUCAAGGAAUUGGAGAAACAACAAAGUGAUUUAAUUAACAUAAAUGGAGAUAUAAAACAGAGCUUGGUAGAGUUUCAACCGAAGCUGAGUGAAUGCAUUCAGCAUUUGCCUGCCAUUGAAAUUGCUGUCCGCACCCUUCUCAAGGUGUCCAAUGAAAUGCAUGAGUUGGACAACAAGAUAAAUGAGGUGUCCGUUCAGGUGUUUAAUACAGAGGACAACUUGCUGAAAGUUAUCACAGAGAUUCUGGAGAUCCAGCAUUCUCUAGAACGGCUGCAGUAUGACAAUAGCAUUUUGAAAAUGCAAAAUGACAUUUCUGUUUUGAAAGAAAAGACACAAGCAUUACUCUCCGAAAAAAAAUCUGACUUACGAUUCCUACAAAAUGAAAAGGAACCAAUGAAUGAGGAUCAAAAUUAAUUGAAGCUUUUCAUAUAAAUCUUUUUCACAAUUUUUCACAAUUUUUAUUUUAUUUAGCAGACUAAAAUGGUUUCUUCCAUUUGAAAGAGCAUGUUUUUAACAUUCACACAUCUUAUUAUAUGUAGAAGUUCACAAGUCUUCACAGAGUUAAAAUAUAUAAAUGGCGUUAUGAGGGACAGGCUCCUGUAACUUGUUUAAUCUAUUCAAUGCUGUUCAUGGUAGCAGACGUUGUGGCAUUUAGGUUAUAAUUGAAUGUAUACACUGAUCUAGAAAAUCUACUUUUAAAGGGACACUAUAGUCACCCAGACCACUUCAGCUCAAUGAUGGGCGAAAUUCGCAUCCAGCGUGAAGAAAGUCCAUAGGAACGCAUUGAGAAAUGCUUUCCUAUAGACAAAGCAUUUCGCUCCACUCGGGAGCUGACGUCGGCGGGGGAGGAGAGGUCACCGGCGCUGGAUUAAGGUAAACUGCUGAAGGGGUUUUAACCCCUUCAGCGCCACGGGAGGGGGACCCUGAGGGUGGGGGCACCCUUAGGGCACUAUAGUGUCAAGAAAACUUUCCU